UCGAUUUCACCCUAGUUGUGUUGUACACGUUUACUAGUUAACAACCCACUUCAAUUACUUUUUGUUUAUUUCUUCAUCUUGAAGCAACUUUCAAAGAAAUCUUAUUAAACAUGUGGCGAUAUUUGGUUUCCUGCCUAGUUUUCAUUUCCUUUAUCUGCACACCUUCUAAUCAAUCUCCUCAGAGUUCUUUCUUUGGAUGGCCACUAAGUGAAACUAAGGAAACUGACAGUCAAGCCACUUCAAACACACCUACACCUAAUAAGGAUGUUUCACAAAGUUCUCAGUUACCUGCCAAAGAUAAACUUGAUGGGUUUGAAGUUGUUUCUCCUAAACCUGAAAUUCUAACAAAUCUACCUGAAAAUGUAAACUCAACAUCAUUUAAUGCUCCGACACUUCUUCAAAAAGACAAUCUGACAUCUGGAUUAACAAAUUAUCUGAGUGAUGAAAUAAGUUCAUUUCUUACAACUAGUGUGGUAUUUCUAGGAGCUGCACUAGGACGUGAUGGAUGUGAUCUGAAAGCUGCUUGCUUAGCAGGAACUUUAGUACCACAUGUACAAGGAAGAGAUAUAGCUGUUGUUGCUGCAGAACCACUAGUGCCUGAAGUUUGGAAGGGUUUUUAUGAAGCUGCCAAAUCAAGCAUGAUACAAGGACAAGAUUGCAGCAAAUUUGAUUGUGUUUGAUUUUCUAUAUUGAAAGUAUGUAAAAUAUAAAGUGAGUACAAACUACUGUUGUUUCAUUACAACACCCAAUGUGUAUCCACAAAAAAACUAUUACCCUUUGUACAAAACACAAAUUAAACCAUUACCUAUGUACUGUUAUUUAAGAACUAAAGUAAAAUAUAUCAAAUCCUCUAUUCCAA